AGGGCCAUGGGCAGCCACGGGGCUGAGGGGUGGUAGCGGCCAGCCGAGGGCUCCGGGCAGCGGGAUCUGGUGCUGGGAGAGACCGGCAGGUACCGGGAGCGACCGACAGCAGAGAAAGAACUCGCUGGAUUGAUUGGCAGGGGGACCAACAGAUCAAUCAAUAGGUGGAUUAUCAGCAGCUGACCUGGGCAGUGUCCAGCUCCGUCCCCUCUCUGGCCAUGUCCUUCGUGGAGCUGCUGGCCCGCCUGGGCGGCAUGGGCCGCUUCCAGGUGACCUACGUGGCCGCGCUGGCCAUCCCGCUGCUCAUGCUGGCCAGCCACAACCUCCUGCAGAACUUCACCGCCGGCGUCCCCGAGCACCACUGCCGGCCCCGGCCAGUGGCCAACGCCACCGCGGCCGACGUCCCCCUGGUGGUGUCCAUCCCCUGGGACGGCCACCACCGGCCUCAGCGCUGCCGCCGCUACGUGGAGCCCCAGUGGCACCUCCUGGACGCCAACGGCUCGGCCAGCGCCGCGGCCAACGGUACGGCCACCGCGGCGGCCACCGAGCCGUGCCACGACGGCUGGAUGUACCUGGAGGGCAUCUUCACUGACACCAUCGUCACCGAGGUGAGGGAGGUGGUGGAUCCCAGUGGAUCACGUGGUGGAUCCCGUGGUGGAUCCCAUGGUGGAUCCCGUGGUGGAUCCCGGUGGAUCCCAGCGGAUCCCACAUAUCCCGGCGGAUCCCGGCAGGUGCUGCGGGCUCUGGUGCGCCGGGAGCCGCCAAUGCCCGGCGGGGCCGUGGCCGCGCUCGUCAGGACCCCCGGCAUGAGGACGGUGUCGUGUGGGGUCUCCUUCGUCUGGUUCUCCACCAGCUUCGCCUACUACGGGCUGGCCAUGGACCUGCAGGGCUUCGGUUUCAACGUGUACCUGAGCCAGGUGGUGUUCGGGGCCGUGGACAUCCCGGCCAAGCUCCUGUCCGUGCUGGUCAUCUCCUGCCUCGGGCGGCGUCUGGCCCAGGGAGGCUCCUUGGCCAUCGCUGGACUCUGCAUCCUGGCCAACAUCUUCGUGCCCAGCGAGCUGCCGAUGCUCCGCAUGGCCUUCGCCGUGGUCGGGAAGGGCGCCUUGGCCGCCUCCUUCAACUGCGCCUACAUCUUCAGCGGGGAGCUCUUCCCCACUGUCAUCAGGCAGACGGGGAUGGGUCUGGGGGGCACCAUGGCCCGCGUGGGGGGGAUGGUGGCCCCCCUGGUGCGCAUGGCGGCCGACGUCACCCCGGUGCUGCCGCUCGUCAUCUACGGGGCCGCCCCCAUCGUCUCUGCCGUGGCCACCUGCUUCCUGCCCGAGACCCGCAACGUGCCCCUGCCCGAGACCGUCAAGGACGUCGAGCGGCGGGCGGGGAACCUCGAGGACGACGACGUCGCCGUCCCCCUGAGCAGCACCAAGAGCAAGGACGGCGCCUGAGGGGGGAUUUGGGACCCCCUGGGGGGGAU